CGGCGAUUGGCGGGCGCGGCGGAAGGGGCGGGGCCGGCGGUGGCGAUGGCGGCGCGGCGCGGGGCGCUGAUCGCGCUGGAGGGCGUGGAUCGCGCCGGGAAGAGCACGCAGGGCCGGCGGCUCGUGGAGGCCCUCCGGGAGGCCGGGCACCGCGCCGACCUGCUCCGCUUCCCGGACAGAACGACAGAGAUUGGGCAGCUGAUCAGCUCCUACCUGGAGGAGAAGAACCUGGAGGACCACACCAUCCACCUGCUCUUCUCUGCCAACCGCUGGGAGCACGUACCGAUGAUGAAGGAGAAGCUGCAGCAGGGGAUCACGGUGGUGGUUGACAGAUAUGCCUUCUCUGGAGUGGCCUUCACGAGUGCCAAAGGGAACUUUGGCCUGGACUGGUGCAAACAGCCUGAUGUUGGGCUCCCAAAGCCAGACCUGAUCCUGUUCCUCCAGUUAAACCCAGAAGCAGCAGCAGAACGAGGCAACUUUGGACAGGAACGUUAUGAGACCAGCUCCUUCCAAGAGAAAGUUCUUCAGUGCUUCUAUUGCCUCAUGGAGGACAAGACCCUCAACUGGAAGACGGUGGAUGCUUCAAAGAGCAUUGAAGACUUGCACAGAGAAAUCAAGUCCAUUGCAAAGGAAACUAUGCAGGAGGUUCAGAAUAAACCUUUGGGAGAACUCUGGAAAUGAAACUUCAUACAGGUCUAAAAGAAUAAAGGAAAGGUCACUUUUUGUAUCUUCUGCACUUGGAUGACUGACAUGCCAGCAGCUUAGAUCCUGUGUAUUCUUUUGGGUCCAACAUGCUGCUGAUGUCCUUGUUAUUUUCUGCUCCUCCCUUCCAGCCUGCAGAGUCCCUUCUGCAUUUUUUAAAUGAGCAUGCCAUGAGUGUGUAUCAAAUUCCCUUCAAAACCUCCCUCUCCCAAGCUCCUGUUCCAGCUCCAGUCCUGGAGUGCAGAUGUGGGUGUGGAGCCCAGGCCAUCCCUGGACACAGAGAGUUCCCAUUUUUAGGGAAGUGCCAUGUUUCUGAUCAUUCAUCCUCUCUAGAAAUGCAUCCCCCCCAUGCUCAAACCGGUUUGUAGAGGAUUUGCUAAUAAAUUACUCUUUUAAGCA